AUAUUCCCUGUUCCUUUCAGGUACUGGUAUGCCGAAAUUACCGGGGCGAUGUGGACAUGUCAGAGAUUGAGCACUUCAUGACACUUCUCAUGGACAAAGAGGAGGAGGGGACGCUCUCGCCAAUCUUGGCCCAUGGAGGAGUUCGUUUCAUGUGGAUCAAACACAAUAACCUCUACUUGGUUGCAACAUCCAAGAAAAAUGCUAGCGUCUCGCUGGUCUUCUCCUUCUUGUACAAAAUUGUCCAGGUUUUUUCCGAGUAUUUCAAGGAAUUGGAGGAAGAGAGCAUUAGAGAUAACUUUGUCAUCAUAUGAGCUGAUGGUGAGCUGAUGGACUUUGGGUUAUCCUCAGACCACAGACAGCAAGAUCUGCAAGAGUGAGUAAACUCUCACUGCA